AUGGCAGUUGGAUCCAGAGACCCCGACGGUGAUUCUGAAAUGACCUCAUCUGCCGGCUCUCCUCGAUCAGACUCAGACGCUCUUGACACCAGUGCUCGCACUCCCACUCGACAUCAUUCUGCCAUGGCUCCUCUUUCAGAACUCUCUCCUCCCGGCUCUCAGCCGCAGCAACUCCUCGAUACUUCUAUUUCUGCUGACGAGGGUCUUGCUAGCAUGGCAGAACCACAGACUGAUGGGGCAUCUGGAAAAGGUUCGGAGCUAGCAGGGGCCGCCUGGAACAGCAAGCGCGCCCAAGAUGAAUAUCAUCGAGCGAUGGAGCAGGUCAUCGAUAAGGAUUUCAAUCUGAAUGAAUUCGGGGACCCUUUUGACGAGCGCGAUUUGGAAGAGAAGCGGCAAUGA